CAUUUUCUUCCAUUCUUUCUUCUAUUUAUUUCUUUUCGUUGUGAAGAUAUAUAUUCUAGUAAAGCAAUUCCUUUCUUCAGUGGAUUCAAUUGCUUAUUUAAUUAAACCUUGGAUUAUAUAAUCUUAAAGUAAAGGUUAUUAAAAAAAAGAAAUCAACAACUUGUAGCACCCUUUCGUUCAUCUUUGUGGAUCAUUACCCUGAUUUUCCUUCGGUUCUUGCUAAUUGAAAAGAGAAAAGGCUCUUUUCCGUUCAAGUUGCUAUUUUUUGUACCCAGAAACAUAGAAAUGGAGCAAACCGAAGGUGCGCCAUCCACGUCGACAGUUGAAGAACAACGUCAAGAAAUAGAACGGUUGAAACAAUUGACUGGCGCCGAAGAAGUUAAGGUUGAAGGAUCAUUAGCUAAUAAACGAAAGCGCGGCCAAUUCUACGACCAGUCGGAAAUCACCAAAGAUUACAUUGAAUAUGAUUUCUCCAAGAUAGAAGACACCAAGGGUGGUUACUUAGUAGAAGAGAAGAAACAAGAAACAGACCUUCGUGAAAAACCAGCGGAGCGAGAGCUUCGUGAACAACAGGAACGACAGAAAGCUUUACGAAAAGCCCCUUUAAAUUUAGAUCCGGAAACAGCACCUAAAUGUGACGAAUGUGCCUCUAUUGAGCUGGACUCACGUUAUUUGGAUGUAUUUGGGUGUAAAGUCUGUCAUGUUUGUCGUGAAAAAUAUCCAGAUAAGUAUUCCUUACUCACGAAAACUGAAUGUAAACAAGAUUAUUUAUUGACGGAUCCGGAAUUGCGAGACGCAGAAGUAUUACCGCAUCUGUUAAAGGCAAAUCCACACCAACAGGGAUGGUCGAACAUGAUGCUUUAUCUCCGUUUACAGGUGGAAGAAUUUGCAAAAAAUAAAUGGGGGUCUUUAGAAGAACUGGAUCAAGAAUUUGGACGAAGAGAAGUCCAAAAACAAGAACAAAAGGAAAAAAAAUUUGAAAAGCAAUUACUUGAACUACGAAAGAAAACGAAAACCAGCAAUUAUAGUAGAAUGAGCAUCCGUGAAAGAAAAAAGCAUAAACAUUCUUAUGACGAAGUUUUUGAAAGACCUGAUCAACCAGGAAUUAUUGUUCAGCGAUGUGAAUGUGGUCUUGAGAUAGAACAGCUGGAAAUUUGAUCAAAAGAUUUCUUUUUCUUUUCCUUAUAAUAAAAACGAAAAACAGGGAAUCGGUUAUGACAGGAAUGGGACUGAAGGAUAAUCAUUUAUUUAUUUGUUUAGAUAAAUUUAAAUUAGUUUGAAUCAGAUCAUUAUAAUAUUCAUGUGGAUAGAUGGUUAAUGACUUGAGAAAAUCAAUCAUACCGGUCAAGCGCUUUCG